AUGGCGCCCAAGCCGCGCAUGGCGAAGCGCAAGGCCGUACAGCCGGCAUCGCGCGCGCCGUCGAGUAAGAUCGCGUCCGCUCGGAAGACGCUCAGGAAGAAGCAGCUGGCGUUGAAGGCCAGGGCACAGUCGGUAGAGGCCCGCCACCGCGCCAAGGGGGGCUACGGCAAGGCGGUGUGCUCGCCCUGGGAGGUGCCCAAGGGCGGCAUCAAGCAGUCCCCGGCGUACAAGAAGAUGGUGGUGAGGUGCGGCUGCACAGGCUCGACGCCCCCGGCGCCGAAGGACCGCGCCGGGGCGCCGCUGAAGGGCGGCUUCCCCGUGGAGAAGUGGCCGCCCAACGUGCUGGUGGACGGCAAGCGCGACUGCUGGCUGCCGGACGACUGGGGCCAGGCGGUCAAGAACACCGGCCCCGGGGGGGUCUACCUCGGCUGGGUGUCUCCGGAAGGCAAGUUCUUCUACCACCGCAGGGGCUACCCCUCCGCGAUCGAGGAGCACCUGGGCCGGAAGCUGACCGCCCUCGACGGCAUCAACGGGGUGAGGAGGGCCGUGAGCCAGCGGGUGCCCCCGGGCGCAGACAAGGCAUUCUUGAACGGGUGCCUGUCCGCGGCAGAGAGGAAGCACGUGCUGGACGCCAAGGGCUUCCACUUCGCGGUCAUCUCGGCGAGGCGGGCCACGUCGGACGACGGUCAGCACGGCAUCAUGCUCGUGGAGGGUUAUUGCCACGGGGCGGGGAUCAAGCCCACUUGGUACGUGGACAAGGAGAGCCUGGACGACUACAAGAAGUUGGGCCUCGACGCCGUCGUGGGCGGCAAGCUGACUCCCGCCAGGAACAUGGCCUUGGAUACUGCCAAGCGUAGGGGGCAGGUGUGCGUCCAGAUCUCGGACGACAUAUCCAAAUGGGAAUACUUUGACGUGGAGAAGCAGGACUUCUCAGGCCAGGCCGACUUCAGCAAAAUGAACGCGGCAGUCAGGGGCUCGAAGCGGCUGUACAUCUCGCCUCUGGCCGCUGCACAGUUCAUCUUGGCCAAGAUGCGAUCUUCGCCACUGAAGCCACAGCUCGGUGGAGUGUUCCCAACGCUGAACGCGGCGAUGAGCCUUGGCAACGAGGAGUAUUCCACGCACCAUUUCAUUCUUGGAGAUUUCUUCGUGGCGGAGCCCACGUCGCCUUGCAGGUUCGACACGUCCAUGACUCUGAAGGAAGACUACGACUACUCAAGUGCCACAUCAGGGCGCACGGCAGCGUGCUCCGGUGCAACCGGAUGUUCGCGCACGCCAGGCAUGCCACCAAUUCCGGCGGCGCGGUGGCGACACGGGACGCCACAGGCGCAAAGGAGCGCGCGAACAUUGCCAUUUUGCAACGGAAGUGGCCAGGCGUUUUCUACCUGA